UUACCACCUGCAUCUCAACCGCUGUCAGCCAGAUCCCGGAUUUGAUAUGACAGAGGCGAUUGAAGACUCCACCAUCCAUUUUUGGAACCAGUAUGUCAGCUCAGUUGUGUUGCUGGAGCUAGCUUGUCCCAUGUUUCUCGGUGACGGACUGAUGCCGUCUUGGGAGAAAAAAACUCAGCAUGAUCACAGGAGGCCUCCCGGAUGA